UAAUUAAACGUUCAAUUCAUAAAUAUUUAUGAUUGAUAUCUUAAAAAUAUAUUGAUUUUCAUAGUAUUGAUUAUGUAGGCAUUGGAAUAAUAGAAGCACGCUAUCCUAAUUUCGUAGUUGACGAAUUGUUUUUGUAGUGGGGUCAAGUUUGACCUAUGUAGUAGCUUUUGAGGGUGAAUUGAUUUUGGAUUUAUACAUUCUGUGCUUUAUUUCUUAUAACCAAUACAAGAAGUGAGAAAAUAUUCGAACUUUCAGAUAUUGAGAAAAGUACGAGGAGGUACAGUGGUAGUUUUGUCACUAUUCUGACAGAAUGCAAACUGCAGAACCUGAAAGUGCAGCCCAAAAAAGGGAAUAUGAUGGUUUAUCCCGAGAGGAACGCCGGAAAAGACGAAAAACAAGAUGGGGUGGGGAUGAAAUGGAGAAAUCAUUUAUCCUCGGUAUGCCUACAGUUUUACCAACCAAUUUGAGCAAAGAACAGGAACAAGCAUAUAUCUUACAGCUGCAGAUCGAGGAAGUCAGCAGGAAGCUGAGGACGGGUGAUUUGGGAAUUCCCGUCAACCCAGAAGAAAGGUCUCCGUCGCCUGAGCCGAUUUAUAGCAGCGAUGGAAAACGUCUCAACACGAGGGAGUUCAGAACGAGGAAAGCUCUCGAAGAAGAACGGCACACUCUCAUACAGAAAAUGCUUAAAAUAAAUCCUGAGUUUAAACCACCGGCUGACUACAAGCCUCCUAUCGUGAGGGUGAGCGAUAAAGUUAUGAUACCUCAAGAAGAACAUCCCGACAUAAACUUUGUCGGUUUACUUAUUGGACCCAGAGGAAACACUUUGAAAUCUAUGGAACGAGAAACUGGAGCUAAGAUUAUUAUUAGGGGCAAGGGCUCAGUGAAAGAGGGAAAAGUUGGUAGGAAAGAUGGGCACCCGUUACCUGGCGAGGAUGAGCCGCUGCACGCCUACGUCACAGCUAACAACCCUGAGUUUGUCAAGAAGGCUGUUGAUAAGAUUAAAGAGAUCAUUAGGCAAGGUGUAGAAGUGCCAGAAGGGCAGAAUGAUCUGCGGAGAAUGCAACUGAGAGAGCUCGCUCUUCUGAAUGGUACCCUAAGGGAAAAUGAUGGCCCCCGGUGCUCCAACUGUGGUGCUGCAGAUCACAAGUCUUGGCUUUGCCCUGAUAAACCAAAUGUUACUCAUUCAAUUGUCUGUUCUACUUGUGGAGGAGCUGGGCAUAUUGCUAAAGAUUGUAGAGCAAAGCGUCUCGGUGCCCCUGCUGUUGUUAAUAACAAAGAAAAAGCAAAGAUUGAUGAAGAAUAUAUGUCUUUGAUGGCUGAGCUCGGGGAAGGACCUCCUCCAGACAAGUCUAUGUCUCAAAAUAACCUUCAGAAGAAAAUGACGACAGCUACGACUAGUGUGUUUGACAAAUCUAUGGUGCCACGAGCCUUGACGGCCCCACCUCCCACUUCCAUCCCACCACCUUGGUCCAAGCCCCCAGACCCGAACGCUGCCAUGCCACCUGGCACGGCGGCUCCCCCCACCCUUCCUCCUUGGCAGGUGCCUCCCCCACCAUGGACGGCUAUGCCACCUCCUGGUGCAGCACCACCUCCAUGGACCCAGACUGCACCUCCGCCUCCUCCACCACCUCCUGUCUUCUGGGGAUGGCAACCCCCAAAUGUUCCUCCACCUCCUGGUGGAGGAAUGCCUGGUAUGCCCCCUGGUACAGGAAUGCCUGGUAUGCAACCAGGAGUUCCUGGGAUGCAGCCUGGUAUACCUGGUAUGCAACCUGGUGUUCCUGGAAUGCAACCAGCAAUACCUGGAAUGCAACCAGGUGUUCCAGGAAUGCAGCCUGCAGUUCCUGGUAUGCAACCUGGUGUUCCUGGAAUGCAACCGGCAAUCCCUGGUAUGCAACCAGCUCCUCCUGGUAUGCAGUCUACGCAGCAGCAGCAACACCCUGGUCCCCCAGGAAUGCAGCCUGUAUCGGUAGCCAACAUGCAGCCUACUACUUCUAAUAUUCAGACGACUAUGACUGGGAUGAUGCAGCAGCCAUCAGUACCUGGAUUACAGACUACUGCUCCUAGUGCGAUGCAACCCCCUAUGCCUUCAGGAAUGCAGUCUCCCCAAAAUAUGCAAAAUCCUCCUGCGCCAGGAGUUGCCCCUCCUCCGACCAUCCCCCCUCCUGGGAUGAUGCCUCCAUCAGUUACAAGCGUGCCACCUCCACCACCAGACAUGUCUUCUUUACUGACUCCACCUCCACCACCACCCCCUGCGCUUGAUGUUGAUUUGAUUUGUUAAAGAUUAGAAUUACGUGUAUUCGUAAUUUAGGAGGGAUAAAUUUAUAUAUUUUGUGUUGACGGUACAGACUUUGAGGCUGGUAUUUAUUUUUGGAUAUCAGCUGGGAGGGAUACAAAGAACAUUUUUUAGGUUUAUUUUGUUAAUUAUUUGGAAAUGAAUUAUAUAUGAUGCACAAUAUACCUAGAGGUCUAUUUUAUGUCAAACCAUUUUAAUCCCUUCCUUCUUCAACUCUCCUGAUGUUGAUGUAUUAUUUUUUUUCUCUUUGUAUCUCUUUUAUGUAUUGAUUACAUUUUAUUCACCGAUCUAAUGUAUUUUUAUUUUAAUGUUAAUGCCAUGUUAUGGUAUUUGAUUGAUAAUUUUCAUUGAGACCAUCAUGAACUUUUUUUUUUAUUAUCUGUAUCAAUUGUCUGUCAUUACUUUUUUUUAAAAAUAUAUUAUUCUAUUAUGAAAUUUGUAAGUUUUUUUCUAUUAGGGGU